AUGGUUAUGAAGGAAAAUGAAGAAAUUCAGAGGCAGGAUUCGACUGAAAUCAUUGAUGAACCACAAAGCAAAGAGGUGGUAGAGCCCGAAACAAGCAAUGGAGUUGUUGUUGAUGAAGGUAACGUUUUUAAAGGUCAGGUUUAUGGCUUGAACUUCUUUUUUGUAUUUCCUAAACUUAAUUGUCUUACUUUUUAAUGUAAAAACUCACCUAAAUACUUCCAGACGACUUUGACGACGAUGAAUUUGGAGAUUUUGAAAGCGCUGAUGUAGAUGAAGUGGAUAAAUCUCCACAGCUUUCAAAACAGUCGUCUAUUGAUGCUGUAAGUUUAUUUUUAUUAGAUUAUUUUGUUUUUAGGCUUAUUUUCCGACGUUAGAGCAGAUUAUGAAAGAUGAAAACUUUUGGGUAACGGAAGGAAUUGGUGGUAAUGAAGAAUAUGAAACGUCAGAUUUAGCUUCUUUAUUAGAUGUUAAUGUUGAAAACGAAGAAUCGGCGUGAGUUAUUCAUGGAUUUGCGUGGUUUUAGUGAUUUUGUGGUUUUUUAUGAACGUUUUAAAUAUUUUAGGUCUUAAAAAGCGUGUUUUGAUAAGAUACGGUAAAAUUACUAUAACUUUUGGAAUUUUGAAAGUUUGUCAAUUGUAUUAGGUGGCAAGUAAAUGGGCUACAUUUACCCAAGUCGUCAGAUUUUUAUCUGUUGUAUAUAAAUUGUUAUAGCUGUUUUUUGUAGUCGUUAUCAAUAUUAUUCAUCUUUGUACUUUCUUAAAAGUUUUUACCCAUUUUCAGAUCAGUAUCAUUAUGGAAACUGUUAUACGUGAUAGAAGAAACAAACGCAUUGAAGUUUCGAUGGCCCAACUCAAAAGUUUCUUCCUUUUUCCUCGACUCAAUCGACGUUUUUGAGCCAAACUUGACCGACGUCAAGAGCACGGAAGAUGGCGCUGUUUCGAGUAAUAAUAAGUUUAAUUCAGAUUUGGACGUUUCUAAUCGCACAUUGUGCGAAAAUCCUCUAGUUAACAUGGGCGUGAUAGAUUUAAAUUCGCUUCAAGUGGAACCGGCUGAUUUUGAUUGGAAUCGAGCUGGAUUGAGCAAUCCUUUAAGGCAGUGUAAGAUCGGUGUAGUUGGUGUUGUUGGAGUAGAGAUAGGUGUAGCGUCUAUAGGUAGUGUUGUGUGGAUAUGUGAAUGUAUUCUGAGGUGUUGAAGUGAAAUUUGUGUGUUUGUAAAGCUUUUUUUUGUGGUUUUAUGUUGUUAUAGUUGAGGAAAGUGGGCCUUUGUUAAUUUUUGUCAUAACUUUUUUUUAAAAGUUAGUUAGAUGCAUGAAAUUUUGAGUAGGUAUAAACUAUUAUAUUGGUUAACUAUGCUCUAGAAAGAAAUUUUUUACCUGCAGUAUUUUAAAAGUUACAGUAAUAUUAACAACCCACAUUUAUUGAACUUGCAAAAAAAUUAUUUAAACUCUCCUUGCUGUCCCUUUAAAUAAUGGCAUAUAUUAAUGUCUGUUGCUUUUUCCAAGUGUUGGUAUAAUGUGUAUUGAUGUUAUCACGAUGUUACGAAGUUUUCGGUUAUCAAUUUAUGUCAUUUUCAGCGACAAGUGAUGCGGUCUCCAAUCUGAACUGUGAUUUCUUUCAAAACUCUCCAGUCAAACAUAACGGAAAGUCGUUGUUGGACGAUGAUCUGGCGGCAUGGGGAUUGGAUUCGAGUACGGAAAGGUAGGAUUUUCUUCUAUUUUGUUUUGAGUUUUAGGUAGUACUGUUUGCGGUCUAAAAGUUUGUGGAAAAAUGCGUUUUUUGUCAAUUAAAGCGAUUGCAUGCCAAUAUAAAGGGGUUUUAGGCUAAUAAUAGGGGAUUAUAAGCCUUUUUUGGAUGAUGAAAAUGCUUUUCUAAGCACUUCUUCACCAAGACACUGCCUUAAAUCCCAUAGUACCAAAAUGUUUUUCAGUACCAAAACCCAAAACGGCAAUAACAAUGGUAUAAACGGGGCAAUCUCCUACCUAUCAGUGGAAAGCCUUUCAUCCGAAGCCAAGACAUUUUUGGGCCGACUGCCCAACUUGCAUUUUAUGUUAUCUGAUCGUGUAGUGAAAACGAAGAAGCGGUAG